AUGGUACCCAUCGAAAAUUCCUUUGACAACAAGCUGUCAAAGGAGUAUGCCGACAUCAACAAACGCAUUUGGGGCAUUAACAACAACCUGAUCUUCGUCAACACGCGAACGACGGCUGCUGUCGCUAUGAAAGACGCAGUGGAGCGCAUGAAGUACAUUGAAGGCGAGAAGCAUGCCAUUAUCACGCCAUACAUUGCGCAAGUCAACCUCCUCCUCCGCCAGCGCGACUAUGCAGCACAAGCCGCCGCAGCCAUCCGCCACGAAGAACUUGCGAAGCAACUCAUGAACAUCGAAAUUACUACUAUCGAUUGUUUCAUGGGCAAAGACAAGUUUUCUGUUACUGUUGAUACCACGGGAGUAAUCGGUCACCUGUUCCAACACGGCCGCAUCGUCGUCGCAGCCACCCGAGCCCGCGUUUCGAAAGUGUUCAUCGGACCAACACUCGAGUUCACAUCACCAGUGUCUAAGCUUAAGGCGGACCACCCCAUCGCCAAGGUCGUUCGGCAGUUGAACAAGACCAAGCGCAUCAAGGCCAUGUCCAUCGGCGAGAUUGAAGCCCUCGAACAGUACCACAAGGUACUGCACUAG